UUUCAGAGAGUAACGGUCCAAUAACGCUUUCAAUAUGAAGGUCUACAUCGUACUGGCAGUAGUGCUCCUGGCAGGCUUGGCAGCAGCCUUUCCUCAGCUAAAAGAGGGCCAACAAUUUAGUAAUGAAGCGAUUAGACAAGCACAGAAUACAUAUCUAAUUCCUAAGGAUGCCACGAUUCAGAAUGUCCAGGAAAGUCAAGAGCUAAGAGCUUACGAAAUGAUUCCCGGAAGCCAGAGGAUCAAUUUGUUCGAAAUCCUCGGAGAUCAAGUUCCUCCAGAAGUUGUAAACAAUCUCCAAAGUCAGAUCGACCAGAUCGGAAGAAAUUGAAAUUACUCUUUGGAUUAGUUUGUUGCCAUCGCCACCGUUGUCAUCAUACAAUAAUUCUGAGUCUGUUGUGUACGUGUAGCAAAGUAUUUAUGACCAAGUGAUAUAUAUUGCUACUAGUUAAAUGUAUAUAUGCUUUUUUAUAAAUUUUAUAAAUAAAACAAGUAACCACAA